AUGAAAGAAAUAGCAAGAUCUUAUUUUUGGUGGCCAGACAUGGAUAAGGAAAUUGAAAUUAUAACAAAAAAUUGUAUUAUUUGUUUACAAAACCAUAAGAACCCAGAAAAAACCAAAUUAACAGUGUGGCCGCAGCCACCUACUGUUUGGCAUAGAAUACAUGCAGAUUUUUUGGGCCCUCUUUAUUCAAAAAUGUUUUUGGUUAUUAUAGACGCUUACUCUAAAUGGCCAGAAGCAUAUAUUAUGAAUAAAAUUACUGCACAAAAAACAAUUGAAGUGUUCAAAAGUAUUUUUGUAAGGUAUGGGUAUCCCUUACAUCUAGUUACUGAUAAUGGCCCAACAUGGACAAGUGAAGAAUUUAAAAAUUUUUGUAAAAUUGUGGGAGUAAACCAGACUUUUACUCCAACAUACUACCCACCCACAAACGGGUUAGCGGAACGUUUUGUGGAGUCUUUCAAAUCUCAUGUAGUAAAGAUUGUAGAGAGUGGCCAUACGGUUGAAUAUGCAUGUAAUUUAUUCCUAUUUGAUUAUAGAAACACUGUACAUAAAACUACAGGCAAGAGUCCAGCAAAAUUGAUGUUUGGCAGAGAGUUGAGAUGUCGUUUCUCGUUAUUAAGACCAAACCCAGUAGUGGACAAAAUUGAUACUGAGCAAGUAAAGCUUAUAAUUAAUAGUAAAAAUAACUUUAAAACAUUCACUACUGGUGAAAAGGUGAUGGUGAGAGAUCAUAGAAAAAAUAAAAAUAAGUGGUCUUUGGGUAAAAUUAUUGAAGUUUUAAUACCGGGUGUAACUUAUAUGGUAGAAGUGGAUGGACUUUAUUGGAAACGACAUGUCAAUCAAUUACUUGAAUGUGGAGAGACUAUAGAAUAA